AUGGCGAAGAUGCACUCCCUACCCGCCGCCCUCCUCGCCCUUAGCACCAUCCAAACAGCAGCCGCUCACACAGUCGCCUGGGCCCGCGGCAUGUACUGCCUCGGCGGCCCCGAUAUCACGUCGGAAAACCUAAACACUAACACCGCCGUCGACCCCCUUUACAACCUCACGCAAUCAGACUGGUGGUUCCAGCACCACCGCGGUUGCGACGCAGUGCCCCCGGCCGAAGGCGAUAUUCUGGAAUUACCCGCGGGCGGGUCGUUCACGGUUGAGCUCGCGCAUAACCGCGCGUUUACAACGCUGUCGUAUGAUGGGGAAUUCACGACUGAGUGGCCGGAUGGCGAGGAGCACCCGGAGGACUGGAACGGGACGAGUGAGGGGGAAGGGUGUAUUGAGGAUGAUGGAGCGUUGCAUACCACGAAUCAGACCGGAGCGGCGGGCACGGCGUGGGCAAUUAGCUAUACCAGUGAGUUGAAGGAGGUGACGAUGGAAAACUUGGUUGUUUUCUCGGUUUUGGAGCAUACGCCCUGGAAACGUCUUGCGACAUAUGAGGUUCCCCAGCAUCUUCCGGCAUGUCCUAAGGGCGGUUGUACCUGUGCUUGGCUUUGGGUCCCCAAGGGUUGCGGACAGCCUAAUAUCUACAUGGCCGGCUAUAAAUGCAAUGUGACAGACGUCACAUCAACCAAGCAACUCGCGCCCGCUCAACCCCCCGUCUAUUGUGAAGAUGACUCGAGCAAGUGCGUGGCCGGCGCGAAGCAGAUGAUCGCUUGGAAUCAGGCGACUGGAAACAAUAUCGAGGCUCCUGCUGGAAAGACACCGAUGUAUAAUGAAGUUUGCGGAUUCAAAAGCGGUCCGCAAAACGACAUCUUUGUCCAGGAUGACACGAAGCAGGAGACAGUGAUCAGCACCGAACCAGUGUUGACAGCCACGUCUGAACCUGUGACUUCCUCUGUUUCUGUGUCUUUACCGGCAUCUGCAUCCUCAUCGGUGUCUACAUCUGUGUCGUCGUCAGCAACUGCAUGCCCACCUCAGCCAACAGCGACAACCACCCGCCGCCCGCAUAACCAUCACCACCACCGUCCCGGGGGACAUCAUCACUAG